UAAAGAUGGUAAUAGGCUGCGGCGUUUAAAUUUGUUUCUGUCUCUCAUCUUUUUCUAAUUAUGUUGGCAAAUUGAAUUGUGAUAAUUGGUUUGAAAUGGUGAUAACAUGGUGGGUGUAGUUGGGUGGAGUAAGUGAGAGUGAAGAAGAAGAAGUUGAUUCCAUUGGAUUGUGAUGAGUAUGAGGAAACUAAGAUGGGUAAUGGAUGGAGGAGGGUUUUGGGAUUUGGACAUUUCCACUCCCCAAACCCUUGAUGGCUUGGCUUGUCCUGUUCCUGGAGACCCUCUUCCAUUGGCUCUCUCGCGAGGGACAAGGCUUUCAAGGCCAAGACAGCUCCAAUUCAUGCACCGUUUCAUGCAUGCCCCUCUCAUUCCCUCCUAUUCCCAACCCCAAGGAAUCACUCUCCAACGUCUUCUCUCCCUCCCCUUAUCCGAUAAUUGGUUUGUAUUUUUAUUGGGACAAUUCAAUUUGCAGAGGUUUGUUUCCUCUGUUAAGAGCAGUGAGGAGAAGCCAAAGGGGUUUUCCUCUUGGCUGAAAACCUAUGGGAGACAUCUACAGCAGAAGUCCUUGUAUGCCCUGGGCUUCUCUUCGGAGUUCCAGUUAGGGCAGGAUGAUACUUUACUUUUUGGCUUAGAUGCAUAUGACGAUACCAAUAAGCCUCGUGGGAAGGCGGUCUUUCAUCAUAGAUUUCCACAACAUGAUCUAACAGUGGAGGCAGUUUAUCCUGGUCUUUUUGUUGACAAGACUGGUAAUUACUGGGAUGUACCAUUUUCAAUGGCAGUUGAUCUUGCUUCUGUGACUACUAGUGAUUCUUCCACCGCUUAUCAUUUGUCUGCACACUACACUUCGGGGACACCCAAGCAUUUUGAAAAUAUUCAAAAUCAAAAUGAUAGAGUACCAAAUGAUGGUGUACCACCUAGUCUACUUCCAGGCUUGGCCUUCAAAAGUGCCUUUUCUUACAGGAGUAAAGUUGAUAUUUGGAGAAGUGAAGCUCCGAAGUUGAAAUUGGUGCAACCACAUGAUGUAUUUCUUUCAAAUCCUCAUGUGUCAGCCUCGGGGAUUAUUGGUGCUGCUGCAACCACUGCAUUUGGGGAUAAUUCAGCAAGAGCACAAGUAGAAGAUGGUAUACCUGGAAUUUUUCUUCAGGCUUCUGGAAUAAAGUCCUCCUUUCUAGCAGAUAUGUUUGCAUCCGUCACAUUUACAGCCCAGCAUGGAAACUUCCAAAGGGAUUUUCUAGAUCUUACCCGAUUUCAGGCCCGGCUGGAUUUUCCUUCUGGUUUCAAAUUUCUUUCAGGUGCAACCGGUGUAACGCAAGAUCUUCUCAAUUCUCAAAAGCCCAGCAUGGAAGCUGUUCAGGCGAUUUUACCCAAUGCUACACUAUCACUUCAGCAGCAGAUUUUUGGUCCUGUCAGUUUUAGAGUUGAUUCAGGAAUUACAGUUGAUCUGAAGAACCCUGAUUGGCCUAUUGAAGCACAUGAACCCGUAUUUGCUUUGGAAUAUGCAUUGCAAGUACUUGGUUCAGCCAAAGCAGUUGCAUGGUAUUGCCCCAAACGCCAAGAGUUUAUGGCAGAACUUCGUUUCUAUGAGACAUAACAUAGAACUAUCUUCUGUAACUAAGUUGGUAAAAGGUCCAUUAGUUUUCAUGCUGUCAAUAGAUUUGUGUCUCACAAUUUCUCUUGUUUUACUAGCUCUAUUGGAAUUGGAAGAAGAGAACCAUCAAAUUCCAUUAAAUCCCGGGAUGACCAUUGUAAACAUUUUGUAUGAAAAAUUCUUUGCAAAAUUAGUGUGAAACUCAUUUAUUCCUAGUUUUGCUGGGCAUAGGAAGUGAUGUCAGCAGGACCAUAAGAAUGUCUUCACAUUCAUGUUAUAUUAUUCAGCGUUUUCAGUUUCA